UUAUCUUUCACAGUGGAUGAGCUGACACAAUAGAUAGCAAGAGGCAAACUCCAAUGGCAGCAGCUCUUCCUUCCAUUAAAUCCCACCAUUCCCUCUUACCUAAUAUUUCGAUUUACAGGAAUAAUGGCCAGAGAAUAUCCAUUUUAACGCAGACGAAACCUCGUACAUGUAGAAAAUUGAGAAGAACGAGUGCGAGUUUGGGUGAUUCUUCGACACCUUUUUGGCAAAAUGGGAUUGUGAGGAGGGAUUUAAUGUUAAUUGGAUUGUCUUCUUCAAUCUCUCUGAUUUUCCCAACUUUAGGCUCUAGUGCCGACGAAGAGGUGAAAAUGGAUUUACUAGUUGAUGAUGUGAACGCUUACUCGUAUUUGUAUCCGACAAAAUUGCCUUCCGAAAAGUUUGACUUCAAAUGGGUGGAAUCUAGAAAAUCGGAGCGUUAUUCAUCAGCUGCACCGUUGUCCCCUGAUGCACGCCUUCGAAUUGUGUCUGAGAGGAUUGAUUUUACCGAUAACCUCAUAAUUUCAGUCACGAUCGGUCCGCCAAAUCCUCUGUUUCUGAAAUCCAAAGAUAAAAGUACAUGGACUGCAAAAGACGUUGCUGAUUCCGUUUUAGCUGACAAAUCUGCUCUCCGGGUAACUUCUAGCCAGCGGAUGGAUGAAAGUUCGGUUAUUGAUGCACAUUCUUCUACGAUUGAUGGGGAGUCGUAUUGGUAUUAUGAAUAUUUGGUUCGCAAGUCGCCAACGAAAUCUGCUGAGGGAUCAAACCUUUACCGACAUUUCGUCUCUUCAACUGCUGAGCGUGACGGUUACUUGUACUCUCUGAAUGCUUCGACUCUGAGCAAGCAGUGGGAAAAAAUGGGACCUUACUUGGAAAAAACCAUUGCAUCUUUUCGACUUCUCCCGCCUACAGAAAGUUAUGUUCCUCCAUACAAGGACCCAUGGAGGUUUUGGUGAACUCUUUAUUCAUUCAUCUGGAGACGAUUUAUUAUUUUUCGACGGUGGAAAUGUAAUCGAUGAGUGCUACUUUUGUAAUGCCAUGUAAUGUUAUCUUCAGUCAUAGAAAAUUCAGCAAUUUAUUAUUUAUCCUUUUUUAUAUCAGGAAAUAUAAAAUGUUUGCAAGCUUUUCUGG